CGUUCGUUUUUUGUUUCAUAGCCGACAACAUAUUAUACUUGUGAUUGUCUCAUAACGUUUAUGUUUCUUUAUUUAUUGUAUUCUGUCUCUUUCUCUCUUUAGUCGAAUCAGCUGCAGUGAACUCAAAGUUACGUAAACGCAGUUUUCAUGUGUUUCACAACCGGCUCAGUUUGACUUCAUGACAUACAGGCUGUCCGUCUGCAGGCUGAAGGUGAGUUAUUCUGUGUUCUGGAGGUGAGGAUGUUGGGGCUCAGGUGCAUUGUGGGUAACCUGCAUGGAGGAGGCAGACUCCUGAGAAGUCUUCCUCACGUCCAGAAGUCGUGUGUCUCCUCCUCCUCUCUGACAUCACAGCGGGUCAGCCUUCAUCGUGGUCUCCCUCCGCCCGCUGCGAGGCGUUUCCUGUCUCAGGAUCGCGGCUCGUCCGGUCGUUCCGCUCGGUUCAAGCUGCAGACCCGUGUGGCGGUGACUCUGGCGUUCGGCAGCGGUCUGAUGGCGGUGUGGUGGUACGUUUACUCGGAGAAGGAGCAGAAGCUCCGUCAGCAGCGUCUGAAGCAGCUGCAGCAGGUCGCUCUGGGUCAGGGUAACUUCAGCCUCCUCGACCACACGGGGCAGCGCAGGACAAAGAGAGACUUCCUGGGCAGCUGGGCGCUGCUGUACUUCGGCUUCACGCACUGUCCCGACAUCUGUCCCGACGAGCUCGACAAACUGAGCGCCGUGGUGUCCGCUCUGGACGGGGACACCGCGCUGCCUCCCGUCCAGCCGCUCUUCAUCACCGUGGACCCCGAGAGGGACGACGUGCCCGCCCUCGCUCGCUACGUCAAAGACUUUCACCCCCGUCUGGUCGGACUGACGGGGACGCCGGAGGAAGUGAAAGAAGCGGGGCGGGACUACAGAGUGUACGCCAGCCCCGGACCCAAGGACGAGGACGGGGACUACAUCGUGGACCACACGAUCCUGAUCUACCUGGUCAGUCCUGACGGGCUGUUUUUAGAUUAUUACAACAGGAUGAAGAACCAGGACCAGAUCGCAGAGAGCGUCAGGAACCACAUCAGGAACCACGUCCCACUCGCAGACACCUGAACGCAGCACGGGGAUAAAAACAACACACUGACAAACACCUGAACGCAGCACGGGGAUAAAAACAACACAUUCACAAACACCUGAACGCAGCACGGGGAUAAAAACAACAUUCACAAACACCUGAACGCAGCACGGGGAUAAAAACAACAUUCACAAACACCUGAACGCAGCACGGGGAUAAAAACA